CGCGCGCUCGUUACCACGGACGCCUGUCUCGUAGCUAACAGGAAAGAGGGGAAAUUACUUCCGGGUAACGAGAGUAAACGGGUAUCCACGUGAAUUAUCAAAGCCUACAAAACGGACUCCGAUGAGGACGUGAUCUUUGUCUUUGAAAAGUGUGUACAUAAACCCAAUGAGAUUACCAUUGACCAGGCGAAGCGACUGGCCCUGCAAAGAGACAUUGAUCAGCAGUCCCAGCCCAGGCAGCUAGCCACACCUUUGACAAGCCGGAGGUCUGUUGCUGUGGAGAGGCCAGUGGAAGGGAUGAAAAUGAAGACGGUAGAAGAGAAGAGUGAGGAGAAUUGUGUAAAGAAGGAGAAGAAAAAUACAAAAGGACAAGCCUCACUGCCUGACAGGAAAAACGUACCUGUUGAUGGCGGGAGCCGAGCAGAGGUGAAAAAAGUAAAGAGAAAGGGUAAAAAAGGUGAUGUAAUUGUUAUAGAUACAGAGGAGGAGUCUUUGGAUGGAGGAGGUGAAAAGGAAGAGAAGAAGAAAAAGAAGAAGAGGAAAAUUGUCCCUGAAUCUCUGAAUGAUGCCGACGGUUCUGAUGUGAAGAAUGGAAAUGACAAAGAUGUCAGCAAAAAGAAGAAGAAGAAAAAGCAGCUGGCCAAUGGUGAGAAUUCAGUUAAAGAAGAAGAAGAACAGGAAAAGAAACAUAAGAAGGAGACAAAUGUAAAAAUUAAAUCUGUACAAAUUAAACCAGCAAAGAUAAAGAUGAAGAAACAGGAGGAGGAGGAGGAGGAACAGCAAGAUGGAAAGGAUAAAUUGCCAAAGACAGCCAAGAAGGGAAAAGACAUUUCAAAUGUAAGCACUAAACUAAAGGAACAAGUUAAAAAAAAGAAGACAAAGAAAACAAUAGAUGGGGAAACCCCAGAUGCUAAGGUGGGAAUAAAUGUAACAAAAAAGAAAAAUAAAUCUAAAAUGAAAGCGUCUGAGAAUGGAGUGAAGUUAGAAACACCAGAGGGUGAGGCUGAAAAGGUAAAAGUGAAAAAGAAAAAGGAAGCCAAUACGAAAGAAGAUGGAAAUGAAUUAGGAACGCCUCAGAUCAAAGGUAACGACAAACAGAGCAAAGAAGUGAAGAAAAACGACAAGAAGAAACAGAAAUCCACAAAGAGUGAGAUAAUUAUCAUUGAUGAAGAAGAGAAGAUGGAGCAAAAGAAAAAAGGAAAAAAGGAAAAGGUUAGAAAAGCCUCUGUGGAGGUCAGCGAGGUAGAAGAGACGGAGCCAAAGAAGAAGAAAAGGAAAAAGGAAAUCUCAAAGGGAGAGAAGGAAGAACCAGGAGUGCUCAAAUAUGAAGAAAUUAGUAGAGUAGACAAGACAGAGCCAGAGAAGAAGAAAAGGAAAAAGGAAAUCUCAAAGGUGGCGGAGGAAGAACCAGUAGCACUGGUUAGCAAGGCAGAAGAGACAGAGCCAAAGAAGAAGAAAAGAAAAAAGGGGAACUCAAAGGGAGAGGAGGAAGAACCAUUACAACUCAAAUGUGAAGAGGUCGAGAAGCAGAGCAGUGAAACCUUUGUCACGGCAGCUGGAGACACGACAGGCAAGAAAAGCAAAAAGAAGAAAAGCUCCAUUAAGGUGGAGACACAAGUGGAGAGUUCUGAAACUGGUGCAAAGAAGAAGAAGAAGAAGAUCAAAGAAGAGGUGGAAGACCAUGAAGAGCAUGAGUUCACCAAUGUGGAUGUGGUUUUCCUGUCAGAGAAAACUGGAAAUGCUGAUGAGGUCACCAUCAACCAGGAAAGAAGACAGGCUUUACAAAUGGAGAUUGACAAGGCCUCUCAACCUCAAAAACCAGCCCAACCUACGGGUCUCGGCCAGUGGAGCACAGCCCAGUUCGACAGCUCUGAACAGCAGCAGAAAUUCCUCCGGUUGAUGGGCGGCUUCAAAAAGGGCUUCCAGCCGGCUGCUGAGACCAGUGGAAAAGCAAAUAUGGCGCUGGGGAAGGAUGCACAGAUGCAGUUGCAGCAAGGGCUCCUGGGAGAGUUUGAACGCGCUCAGUCGCGCAGAAUGGACUUCAGCAACAGAGGGUCGGGACUUGGGUUCUCUGCACCGUCCAAUAAAAAGUUCACCAUUGACGUCAAUUCACGUCGAUCAGUUCGCUUUGAUGAUUGAUCUUAGUGUAUGUGUGUAGGGGUGUUGUUGAAGAGGUGUGUAUGGUUGUGCAGAAUUUGUGGGCGGUUUUUCGUAUGUUUUUAACUGUAGAUUUUGCAUACUGGACUGUUUGCUCAGGUUCUUGUGGAAAUCUACAUCUCACAGCAGACUACUAUUAUUUCUUGUAUAUAAAUGAGGAUUAGAGAAUGAACGUGCAAAACAAAAUGCAGUUUGUACAUACUGUACAUUAAACAUCCUCUUGCUUUUUUAAUUAAAAUACUUAA